CAGCCUUUUAAUGAUAUUUCCCCUCAUAUGGCUUUUGUUUCCCUUCGUUGUGUAACUAAUUAGCGGUGGUGUGUGGAGGCUUUUAUUUGCAAGCAUUGAGAGCGUGGUGACAGUGUAAGAGGAAGAGGAGGAGGAGGAGGAGGAGGAGGAGGCCUUAAAACCUGCUAAUCCCGCUGUCCUCAAUCUCUGUCUGAGAGUCCCUGAGGAGGCGACAGGACGGACGCGCUCAGCUCCUCUCCUGCCAAAAUCAUUGUCAGCCAGUGAAGAAGCGUUAAUCAGAUUAAAGCUGUAAACUUUUUUUUUUCUGCGCUCGCGGCAAAGACAGCGUCGCCGUUCAGUUUUGGAUUCAUUUUGUCCGAGUUAAUCCUAUUUUCCUGGAGGAUUUGAAGCAGCGGCGAUGAGCGCCGAGGAAAACUCAGACCCUGACUCCAACAAGCUGGAGUGUGUGAUACAGCGUCUGGAGGAGAGCGUCCUGUCUGAGGAGAAGAGGCUGACCGUCCGGGGCCCAUCACCUGAUGCCCCCCCUACGUGUCUGCCUGCGAGAGUGCGAGAGAUAGUUACAAAGAACCUCAACGACAGCACAGGUGGCAUGUCCUCGGUCAUGUCCCUUCAGGAGGAGAACCGGGUGCUGCAGGGCGAGCUGGCCAGGCUGGAGGACCUGCUGGCCCACAGCCGAGCCGACCGGGACGAGCUCGCCAUCAAGUACGGGGCCAUCAGCGAGAGGCUGGAGCAGGCGCUGCGCUUCGAAACGGGCGAUGGGGACCGCGAUUCGCCCGAGUCCCGCAGCCUCGCUCAGCAGAACGUGGACCUGCGGCGCCGGCUGGACGAGGAGCAGGCGGCGUACAAGCGUAAACUCACCGCCUACCAGGAAGGGCAGCAGAGGCAGGCCCAGCUCGUGCAGAAGCUGCAGGCGAAGGUGCUUCAGUACAAGAAGAAAUGUGGCGAUCUGGAGCAGAUGCUUCAGGAGAAGUCGUCUGAGCUGGAGAAGCACAGUGUGUGUAGCAACAGCGGAGCCUCAAACGGUCGGCAUCACGACGAAGCGAGCAGCAACCUGGAGGACGCUUUGAUCCGGCUAGAAGAAGAACAGCAGAGGAGCAGCAGCCUGUCCGCGGUGAACGCGAUGCUGAGGGAGCAGCUGGAGCAGGCGGGCUUGGCCAACGAGGCCCUCAGCCAGGACAUCCGCAGGCUCACCGUGGACUGGACCAAAGCCCGGGAGGAGCUGGAGCAGAAGGAGUCGGACUGGAGGAGAGAAGAGGAGUCUUUCCACAGCUACUUCAGCAGCGAGCACGGCCGGCUGCUGAAGCUGUGGAGGCAGGUGGUCGGCUUCAGGAGGCACGUCUGCGAGAUGAAGAGCGCCACUGAAAGGGACCUGUCCGUCAUGCGCUCUGAGCUGGCCCGGAUGUCCCACUGCGCUCAGGUGUCCUGCUGCGGCCUGUCCAGCUCCGUGGACGGUCGGCUGGCGGGGGAAAAGGCUCUGAGGGUCCAGCUGGAGCAGCAGCUGAGGGAGCGGGUGGCGGAGGCGAUGAACCUUCAGAGCAGAGCCGAUGCGGAGAAAAGUGAGCUCAACGUCAGGUUGUCUGAUGUGGUGCGAGAAUGUGAGCGACUUAAGGGCCAAAUUCUGGAGCGGGACGGGGAAAUCUCCGUCCUGACAAAGAGACUGGAGGAGCAGAGCGGCAGCGAUGAGGCCGACACGCAGCAGGUUAGAGCUCGCUCUCAGACGCUGCUGGACACGCUGCGGGACAUCGCUCAGACGGUGCUGUCAGACGGCGAGUCGUCAUCAGAAGCCGAUCAGGACAGCUCUGCAGCUCCGCUCCUGGCGCUGAUCCGUGACUCCUCUCCACGGCGUUCCUCCUCUCCGCUGAAGCUGGCCGCUCCUCCUCAGGCCUCCUCCUCCCUGUCUCCUCUGCCUGACGCGGCUCUUGCUGCUCUCCGCUCAGCAGUCACCAACAAAACGCUGCAGCUGCAGGACGUGCGAAGCCGUCUGCUCUCUGCCCAGUCCUCUGUGCAGCAGCUCAGAAAGCAGCUUUCCGAAUCCGACUUGGCCCGGCGAGACUUUGAGCAGCGACACCAGGUGCUGCAGCGCGAAAGGGACGCAGCUCAGCGAGAGAGGGAGACCAGCCAGAAGGAGAGGGACCGCCUGAAGCACGAGAGGGACAUGCUGGCAAGUGAGAAGGCGAAGCUGGAAAAGAGCUUCCUGGCUUUGGAGAGCAGCAGCCAGGUGGUGCAGAUGGAGCAGGAGAAGCUGCAGCUGGCUGUGGUGGCAGCUCAGCGGGAACGAGACCACGAGAGGGAGGAGAAGGAGGCUGCAGUUCAGGAGAGAGACCGGGCCAAAGCUGAGACUCAGAGGAUGCAGAAGCAGUGGGACCUGAGCGAGAAUCGCGCCUCGGCGCAGCGCGGGGAGCUGUCUGCUGUGAGGGAGACCCACCAGCAGGGGGAGGUUGAGCGGCAGCUUCUGGAGCGAGAGAAGGAGCAGCUGUCUGAAGCGCUGACUCGGGCCGAGAGCGGCAACACGGAGCUGUCUCUGCAGCUCAGCAAGCUGCAGUCUGAGAGCGCGGCUCUGAGGGACUCCCUGGCCAAGAUGGGCGGCAUGAAUGAGGGCCUGGCCCAGGACAAAGUGGACCUCAACAACUACAUCCUCCAGCUGGAGGAGGAGAAGGCCCUCCUGCUGGCUCAGAAGCGCGAGGCGGAGCAGGAGAAGCUGACCAUCCGGGACGAGCUGGUCCGCCUGGAGCAGGACCGGCUGGAGCAGGAGUCCGGCCGCAUCUCGCUGCACCGGGCGCUGCAGGACGCCGAGCAGAGCCGGGCGGGGAUGGAGACGGAGCUGCAGAGUCUCAGAGCCGAGAGGCUCAGGCUGCAGGAGAAAGUGGCCCAGCUUUGUGCCGAGGUGGCCUCGCUGGGCUCGGAGCUCAGCCUGGCUCAGGGGGAGGGCCAGAAGAACGAGGCGGCGUUGGAGGAGGCCGGCCGCGGUCGGGCGGAGCUGGCCAGGGACAAAGCAGCUCUGGUGGUCCAGCUGACGGCGUCCGAAAGAGAGAACGCGGUGCUGUCAGAGGAGCUGGCUGCUUUCAGGUCUGAGCGGGAGUCCCUGGAAACGAGUCUGUUUGAGGUGCAGCAGCAGCUGGCGCAGGUCGAGUCCCGCAGAGAUCAGCUGGAGACGGAGAUGCAGACCCUGAGAGUCCGCUGCGAGACGGCUGCAGCUGAGUUGAAGCGAGCGCGCUCGGAUGGCGAGAACGCCCUGGCCCAGGCGGAGAGAGAGAAGCAGACUCUGACUCAGACGCUCAGCGCCGCACAGCUGGACGCUCAGCAGGCCUUACGCAAGGCCGUCUCAGAACAUCAGGAGGAGGUGGAGAGACUGGUCUCGGAGAAGGAAGUUGUGCGUCACAGCCUGCAGACGGAGCACGAAGCUGCUCUGAGGCGCUUCAGGCAGGAGAUGGACGACGAGCAGCACAGAGCCAAGAGAGACCGAGAGGAGCUGCAGGAGGAGCUGAGGAGCGUGCAGCACGACCGAGACCAGAGUUUGCUGCAGGCGGAGACUGAGAAGCAGCAGGCUCUUUCUGUGAAGGAGGCGGAGAAGGCGGCGCUGUCUGACAGAGUGUCCAGUCUGCAGGCUGAGCUGUCCGCUGCGUGUCUGGAGGCCGAGCGCAUGGCCAGAGAAGCAGCUCACAGCAGAGAGCAGGAGCAGAUCAGGGUUGGAGCUCUGACCGCUGAGAUGCUGGAGCUUCGCUCUCAGCUGGACGAGGCGGCGUCGGCUCAUCUAAGGGAAGUCCACGGCCUGCAAGAACUCUGCGCUGAUCUGCGCUCGCGGGCCGACGCGGCUCUCAAAGAGCUGGAGAAGUGCCGAGCUUCGCUCUCAGCCGCCGAGGAGAGCAGGGAUCAGGUGAGGCGGGACUUGCUGGAGGUCGAACGUCGCCUAAGCCAAACCCAGGAGGUGUCGGAGAACUGCAGGAGAGAGGCGACGGAGCUGCGCCGCAGCCUCAGCGACGUCACCAAGGAGAGGGAAGCUCUUGGCCAGUCCAACACUCAGCUGAGAGGAGCGCUGCGGAGCGCAGAGACGGAGAGGAUCAGUGUGAAACGGCAGUGUGAGGAGAAGGAGCAGAGGCUGGCCGUGCUGGAGGAGAACCUGUCGUCCUCUCAGAAGGAAGUGACGGAGCUGCGCGGCUGUCUGAGGGAGGUGGAAAGGUCCCGCCUGGAGGCGCGGCGGGAGCUGCAGGAGCUCCGCAGACAGCUAAAAGUUCUGGAUGCAGAGAAGGAGCAAAAAGGGAGGGAGGUGGCAGAGCUGCAGACCCGUCUGGUUCUGGAGGAGCAAAGAGACGAGGAGAGAGGGAAGGAGGUCUUCUCCCUCAAACAGAAGCUCGCUGAAGCUGAAACCAGCAGAGAGUCAAUCAAGAAGGAGCUGUCCCUGACUCAGAGGCGUCUGAUGGAGUCCGAGUCGGGCUGGCGCAGCUGUGAGCGGGAACUGACGGCUCAGCUGCAGGAGGCCCGCGGCUGCGAGAAGAAGCUCCAGGACGAAGCCAAGAACCUGUCGCUGCGCGCCCAGGCCGCCAACGAUGCCGCCGCUCAGUCCGGCCUGCAGCUGAGCGAGGCGCAGGGCCGGCUGGCCGCCACCGAGGCAGAGCUGACCCGCGCCGAGGCCGCUCGCAGGGACCUGGAGUUUCGCCUGAGCAGCCUCCAGUCGGCGCUGACGCGGACGCUGGGCAUCGGGGCGAGCGGCAGGGGAUGCAGGGGGCGGAGCCCGGGAGGCAGCUCCCCGUCGCCCGGCAGCAUGUCGCGCCACCACAGCAUCUCGCCGCUGCGCUCCUCGCUGUCGCCACCUAAAGAAUUUCGAGGGAGCACACCAGACAACACUCUAGGUUCGGGGGCCGUUUCUCCCGAGAGAGGCGACACGCCGCUGCCUCAGUCCGAGCUGGACCCCGACUCGCUGAGGAGCGGCCUCAGGGACUUCCUCCAGGAGCUGCGAGAUGCGCAGAGAGAAAGGGACGAUGCUCGCUGCCAGCUGGGGGUCCUGCAGCGGGAGCUGGAGGAGCUGAAGGGGGAACGCGGCUCUGCCCAGAGUCGCUUCUCUCUGCUGCAGAACACCUUGCAGGAGAUGCACGAAGUGAAGCGUGGGCUGGAUGAGCGUCUGACCACCAGUCAGAUUCUGCUGCAGCAGCAGGAGGAGGCGGUGAGGAGAGGAGACAGAGAGAGGAGAGCUCUCUCGGACCGGGCGAAGGAGCUGGAACGCUCGCUGCAGGUCUCAGAGACGGAGAAAAGGCACACCCAGGAACAGCUGAACAAGCAGCGGGCCGCUGAGGUGCGUCUGGAGGCGGAGAGGAAGCGCCUGCGGGAGGCGCUAGAAGCAGCCGAAGCCCGGGCCACCAGGGUGGAGCUGGCGAGGCGCAGCCUGGAAGGGGAGCUGCAGAGGCUCAAACUGAGCCUGGGAGACCGUGAGGCCGAGAGCCAGGUGGCCCAGCAGCGCCACGACGCUCUGACCAAGCAGGUUGCAGAGGGAGAAGCUCGCGUCUCGCAGCUGCAGCGGGAGGUGGACCGGCUCAGCCAGGCUCUGCUGAAAGCUCAGGAAGGCGAAUCUGCUCUGAAGGAAAAGGCCACGUCCCUCAGCCAGACGCUCCAGGAGGUGACGGCGUCCCACAGCAGCACGCAGAGCCGUCUGCUCGCCCUGCAGAAGACGCUCAGUACGGCCGAGCAGGACAAAAGGCUCCUACAGGAACGACUGGAUGAAGCUCGGGCAGCUCUGGCUGAAGGAAAAAGGAACACAGCUGCCGUUACUGAGCGCGUACAGAACCUGCAGAGCGAGCUGAGCCAGAGCGAGCUGCGGCGGGAGGAGCUGGAGACGGAGCUCAGCAGCACGCAGGAGGCUCUGCGUCAACGAUCGGCCAGUGUGGCGGAGGCUCAGCGGAGCGCUCAGUCGGCCCAGACGGAGCGUGCCGUCGUGGAGGAGCGGCUGCGCGCGCUGCAAAGAGCGGUGGCCUUGUUGGAGACAGAAAAGAAGGAUGCUGAGAGGCAGGCGGUGCGGCUGGAGAAAGACAAGAACGCACUGAGGAACACGCUGGAUAAGGUUGAACGUCAAAAGCUGAAGUCCGAGGAGGGCAGCAUGCGGCUUUCUGCAGAGAAGAGCCGCCUGGAUCGCUCGCUGAAUACGACAGAGCAGGAACUUCAGGAAGCACAACAGCAGAUCCUGAUGCUGCAGACUCAGCUGGCUGAGAUGGAGCACUCUCACGGUCUGUGUGAGAGUUUGGUGCAGCAGCGGGACGAGGUCCAGCGGGAGGCGGAGAAGAUGAGGAGCAGCCUCCGGGAUGUGGAGCGAACGCUGGGCACCAGGGAGCGAGCUCACCGGCACCGGGUCAAAGGCCUGGAAGAACAGGUGUCCACUCUGAAGGAGCAGCUGCAGCAGGAGAUGAAGCGACGGCAGCCGUCUCUCCCACCGUCGUUGAUGUCCAAGUGAGAGUCGGCUCGAAGAAGAAGAAGAAGAAACGGAUUCAGGGAAAACUCCUCUCAACAUUGAUGUUUAAACUCUUAACUCAGAUUAAUCUGACUCUAACUCUAAACACUGCAUAUUGUGGCUGUGAAAAUAAUAGUAUUGGUGCUUCACUGUUGAGGACAAUGACUCCUCAAAUGAAUCCCAAUGGAGGGAAGCCUUAAAACCACCAGCAAACCACUAAUUACUCGUUAAACAUCUGUAAUCUGUCCUGGCUGAACAUCUUGUCAAAUUUUGUUCUGUUACUUAAGAAAAAAAAUCAAAAUCAUUACAGGAUUUUAUGCACUGCGUUUGGACAUUGUGUGAGAAGAAAAAUAUCGGAGCUUCUUUACGACUUAAACAACGGUAAAUAUGUAUUUAUAAGCACAACUGAGUUAACUGUACUGUUUGUCCUCUAGGAGACAGAUUGAACUAAUUAUCCAAUUAGAUGAGACUCUAUUUUAUAACUGAAACACUUUUUAUUACACCACUGCAUUAGCUUUUUUUUUUUUUUUUUAGGAGAGAAUAAUAACUGUACAAAUGUACUUUUUCCUUGCUGUAUGAACACUGACAGACUGAUGACUAACUACGUCAUCACAUUUGUGGUGGAAAUAAACAUGAAAGCUAUGUUUGCUGGA